UACAGUUGAAAAACAAGAAAUUCUUCUCGUCAAAAAUGGCAUCUGGGAGUAGAGUUAUGAACAACGUGUACAUUGUUGAGCCCAUAGGAGUUCAUAAAGCCACUAUAGUCUGGCUGCACGACAUCGGGCUCAAAGGCGUCGACUCAGUUCAGCCUCUGCAAAGUUUGGGUCUUCCCAAUAUAAAAUGGAUUUGUCCGACUGCUCCUACACGCCGUGUUACUUCUUUGGGUGGCGAAGAAACCACUGCAUGGUGCGAUAUCACAAAAGUUUCAGAGAGCAUGCAUCAUGAUUUUGAAGCUUUAGAUAAUGUGAAUUCAUUUGUUGCUGGCCUUUUCUCUUCCGAACCAGAACAUGUUAUUAAAGGUGUGGGAGGUGUCGGCUUGGGUGCAGCACAAGCUCUCUACUUUGCGAGUAACUAUGCCUUUGGACGAGUCACCAUAAACCUAAAAAUUGUUGUAGGGAUCAACGGUUGGCUUCCUAGCUGGACGACCUUACGAAACGAUAUGUAUUCUGCCUUUGGGACUUUUGUUCGUGCCGGAUCGCUAAUCUUACUUACAUAUGGGACUUCUGAUGAUGUAGCUUUCUCAGCAUUUGCACGCAUCUGCGCUGACUCCCUUCACUUGGCUGGAUUUCCAAUCAUUCACAAACAAUGCGGAGGGGAUCAUGUCAUGAAUGAUCUUCGCGUAGCACUCCCGCAAUAUCUUAGGCUCUGA